AUGGGGUGCAAGCCGACAAAGAAUGGAAACUCACUGGAUAAGCCUCAUGAUCAGCCGAAAAUAACCACGAAAGUCGACCCGAGAAUCCUGCAAAAAUAUGAAAUUCAAGCGUUAAUUGGAACUGGCGGCUUUUCAAAAGUCGUCAGGGUUCAGCAUCGAGCGACUGGCCAGCGUUAUGCAAUCAAAAUGGUUGAAACGCUGAAUAAGGAUGGACAGGAGACUUGCGAAAGAGAGCUUCAAGUUUUGAGGCGCACGAAGCAUCAAAAUAUUAUCCAGUUGAUCGAAGUGUACGAAGGAUCAGACAAACGAAUUUACAUGGUGCUAGAGCUGGCGUCUGGGAAAGAGCUCUUCGAACGAAUAAUUUCGGAAUCUUUCGACGAAAAAGAAGCCGUUAGAAAUAUCAAAAUGAUUCUUCAGGGAUUGGCAUAUCUUCACAACUUGGGAAUUGCGCAUCGAGACUUGAAGCCUGAGAAUCUUCUUUACUCACAUGAAGGUCGCGACGCGCGUCUUUUAAUCACCGAUUUUGGCUUCGCCGGUCGACGAACAACUGGUGGUUCCGAAUUCACGAUGAAAACAGCCUGUGGAACGGCGGAAUAUGUCGCGCCAGAGGUUCUUCUUUCGAUUCCCUACACCGUCGGCGUCGAUUUAUGGGCAUUGGGCGUCAUCACAUUCAUUCUUCUCUGCGGCCGGAUGCCUUUCGAUCAUGAUAACAAAAUGGAUCUUUAUAAGAAGAUUUUGAAGGCUGAGUAUUGCAUGGAAGGAGAAGAAUGGGAAAGCGUCUCACAAAAUGGAAAGUUGUUCAUUUCCUCCUUGCUCGAGUUGGACCCAAAAAAACGGCUAAAAGCAUCAGAUGCAUUGAAUCAUGCCUGGAUCAUCGAGCAAAAAGCCAAUUUCAUCAAACGAACGGCCAACGCCAAAAGCAUACGACGUACUGGAAGCGGCAAAAGCAACGAAUCUUCCAAACAUUCCAAUGAAUCAAAAUCGCUCACAAGUCAGAAUCGCCGAGUUCGUGCCAAGGAACUCGACGAGCUGCUCAUGUACUAUCGAUACGGAGAUAAAGAAUGA